AUGUUUGACACAGUGAGCCCAAACGAAUACGCCGAAGCAGUCAAAGCUUUCUCAGCUCUGCCAAUAGGCUCAAAUUACCUCUCCCUCGGCAAAUUUCUUAUAGAGAAUAGUGAUUCGCCGGCAGCUGUGCGGAUAGACGUCAAGGCCAGCGCCAAUGUUGCUCUGAUAUAUUCUUUGACGCUCGGCGUCGAGGAUCAAGAUGGCCAGCGCGCCAGAACAGCCACCGACUGUAACUCUUUCCAAAACCCGACGCAGCUUUACGAGUUCCAGCCGGAGACGAGCUGUAUAGUUUUCCUUCGCGGCUUUCUGUCUGCCGCAUGGAUCAACAAUGUUGGCAGCCGUUUCUUCGUAGAUCCCGAGCUUUUUGGCCGCCACCUCGACUUUCGGUCUACUCAAGAUAAGUCCAAUAAUUUCUCCACUCCUUCCUUGCCUUCUGCUUCCCGGCACCUGAUGGAGCUGCCUAUAACGACCAUUGGCAGCCGAGAGAGCUCUCUUUAUGGUAUACCUCCGUCGGCUUGGAUUGAACAGGAAAGGAAAAGGGGCAGAGAUGCUUUGGAGAAACAUCACGAUCGGCUUUCGAGCUUACGCUCCGACAUCAGUGUUGGCGAAUCGAUGAUCCGAGACUACUACAUUUUUGACGAGACGCACUUUGCAAUUGACCAAAGAAUCUCGAUAUUUAUGCAGCAAGUGGAAGACGGCAAGUCAGAAGAUGAAAGGAAGCCUUUUAGACAUCAUAAACCGAUGAUUGCCCUCAAGAGCCAUUUGCUUCGGUCUUCUAGUGCAACUGAGAACGAUUUUUCAAUCCAGCAGGAUCCCGUUUCUCAGCUUUACCAAAACUAUGGCCGCUCAUUACAUAGAGAAACAAAGGCCCACGAUCCAUUCUAUGCUCUUGGAGAGGUUUUCCAAUUCUCUGCAAACUCACAACAGCAAUUUCUCAAUAUGAUUGACGCUAAACUUCGAAUAUACUCUGCCAAAGGACCUGAGCACGACCACGUGAUCUUAUCCCACCUUAAAUACACACAGCAGAUUUUAUAUUCGCGAAUUUCGGACAUUAAGCGCGUUUUGAUGAACAUCGAGAAUACUCUUCAUCCGGCCUGGGCAAAGUCAAAUUCCAAAUCUGGGAAAGACAAGGCUGAAAUCGCGUAUGAUAAGAUUCAGCGCGAUUUCAAGCAUCUUCUCGACCAUGCGGUGUCGCUGUAUGAUAGAACAAAAGAAGCCAUCUCUGUCCUGCAAUCUAGCAUCUCCAUCACGGAGUCGCAUUCGGCUAUUUUGCAAGCAGACAAGGCUGGGAAAUUGACGUUUUUGGCAUCUGCAUUUGUGCCUGUAUCAGUUGCUACAGGCAUAUUUGGCAUGAAUGUCAAGGAACUCCCUGGGGAUCAGAUCAGCAUAUUCUGGUUUUUUGUUGUUGCGGUCAUACUGACUACGCUCAUCUUUAUUCUGUUUUACUUUGAUGGAUUUUGGAGAAAGUUAAGGCAGGAAAGGUUCCCUAGAGCAUAA